AUGAAACAAGAAGGAAAGCCGAAAGCGGAUAUUCAACAGAAAAUUUUUGAUUACUACGAGAAAUUGACGGGUGACGGAAAGAAAGAAGCUGAUGAGAAACUUCGUGCAGGUUGUCGUGAAUUAUUGAAGGAAAUCGUUGGUGAUGAGAAGAUGAAGGAAUUGAAACAGAUGAAUGAUUCAGGAGUUAGUCUGGAAGAACUGAAAGCGAAGGUCGAUGAUUUGUUGGAGCGUGUCACUGACGAAGACAAGAAGCGAAAAAUUCAUGAAUACGGUCCUGCAUGCCGCAAAGUCUACGAAAUGGCUAUGGUGCGGAGUAAGCGAAAUCAAAUGAAUGGUGAUUUAAAGUAUCACAGUGGUUUUUACUUGCAAUGGCUUAGUGACGAAGAGAGGGACGAAAUUCAAAAAAUAGUAGGAGAAAGCAGAUCAAGAGUCGAUAUACUGAAGGGAAUCUUUUUUUACUAUCAGAAUCUUCAUGGAGAAGAGAAAGAAAGAGCUGGAGAACGUCUGAAGUUAAGUUGUGAAGAGAUUGUUCGGAGUUUAGUCGAAGAAAAUCAAUUAAAUGAAUUACAGGCAUUAGAAGAUGAUGGCUCUUCAAUGAGCGAAAUGAUGAAAAUGUUGUCAGCUACUGCGGAUAAAUCAAAGUUCAUACAAAUUAGGACAUAUCAAACUGCUUGUCACAGAAUCUUCAGCUCGAAACAGCUUGUAAGAAGAAAACGCGAAUACAAAGAUCAUUCUUUAGAUAAUUAUCUUCAGAAGAAUUUAAAAUGGCUUUCGGUGGAGCAGAAAGAAGAAUUGAGGAAAAUGAAGAAAGAUGGUAAAUCGAGGACUGAUAUGAUUACUAAAGUGUUUAAUUAUUACGAUGAUUUAUUCGGCGAAGCAAAGCAGCGUGUCACUGAAAUAUUGUACGAUGGCUGUCGACAAAUUUUAAAAAACGUUAUCGGUGAUGACCAAUACAACGAGUUGGCAAAAAUGAAGGAAUCGGGCGCAAAUAUCAAUGAUUUAAAAAUAAAAGCUGAUGCAAUGUUAAGUGAAGUAGUAGAUAAGGAGAAAAAAGAGAAAAUUAAAAAUUAUGGAUCCGGUUGCAGGAAAGUAUUUAUGAGAAUAAAUAAUAAACAUUCAUUGGAGGAGCACUUCAAGACAGACUUAAAGUGGCUCACGAAAGAACAGAAGGAUGAGGUGCUGAAGAUGGAGGUUGAAAACAAAUCAAGAGCAGAUAUUCAAGGGAAGAUAUUACAUUUCUAUGAAGAUUUAAACGAGGAAGCAAAAAAAGAAGCAGCUGAAUUCCUUAACGGUGCAUGUUACGAUAUCACUGUGCACGUUUUUGGUGAUGAAAAAGCAGAAGAACUGAAGAAAGUGAGAGAAUCGACUGGUGUUAGUGAUGAGAUUCGACGCAAAAUGGAUGGAAUGAUUGAUGAAAUUGAGGAUGAAGACAAAAGAGCAAAAGCACAAGAAUAUGGCCCAAUUUGCCAAAAUAUUUUUCUUCAUUAUCAACGCAAACAUCGUGAACAUUCACUGCCACGUUAUUUUCGCACGCAUUUGAAAUGGCUUUCUGAGACGCAAAAGGAUGAAAUCGAGAAAAUGAAAGCUGUCGGGAAAAGUCGUGAAGAAAUUCAAUCCAAAAUUUUUGAAUUUUUUGAAAGUGCCAGCGGAGAAACGAAAAAACUUGCCACAGAUUCACUACUAGAAGGUUGCAAUGAAUUACUCAAAAUGAUUGGCGGCGAAAAAAAAGCACAUGAACUGCACGCUAUGGUACAAAGCGAUUUGGCUGCAGAGAAGAUCGAAGAGAAAAUUAUUUCAAUAAUCGAUUCUGUAAAUAAUCAAUCGGAAAAAGCUCAUGCUAAAGUUUACUUAACACCUUGCAUACAACUCUACAAUAUUCGUAUGAAUAGACAAAAGCGAGGAGUAUCAUCAUCGGUGGAUCAAGAUGACCAAGUUGUCAAAUUCCUUAGAAAAGCUGAGCAACCAAUACAAUGGAAAUCAGCAGAAGUUAUCAGACUACUGGAACCAAAUGUAAAACCGAUAAUUCGACGGAUGGAACCUCAGAAUUUCGAAUCAGAUGAAAGAGAAGACGUGAUGUUGGUUAUUCCGGUUGAGAGAUAUACGGAAGAAGGAAGAGAUGUAAAAUGGGAACAAAUUGGAAAUUUAAAUAUGUGGAAAUGGUUAACUAUAGAACAGGUUUACAUGCUGAAUAAGCUGUAUAAAACAACGGAUGAUGUAGCGUUGGUAUUAGAAAAAACAUACGCUCAACUACUUAUGACUGAUGGCGGAUUACGAGAGAUGGCAGUACAAAGCUUUCGAGAAACAUGUAAAGAGUUAUUACGAACAAUAUUAGGCGAUCGAAAUUAUGAAUUAAUUGCCGAUUUAUAUAACUUGGGUCGAACAGGAGAAGAAAUUAAGGAAAAGUUGAAUCAAUUUUAUGUGCAACUGAGUGAAAUGAAUAAAAAGUAUGCUGACAUGAUUGCUCCAACUUGCAUGUUAGUUUAUAAUAUUCGUCAAUCACCGUUAAUGCGAUUUCCGAGAAAAAUCAAUGAAGAUAAAUUAUUCGUCAAACAAAUUCACUGGUUUAAUAGAGAACAAGAAACCGAAAUUGAAACAAUGUUAGCAGAAGGAGCAAGAAAUGAAAAUCUUUUGGCAAAAAUUUUAGAAUACUAUGAAAAUCUCGAUUCGUUAAGCCAAGAAAAAGUAUCCGAAGAAUUAAAACAGCUUUGUCAAAAUCGAAUGAAGCAACUUUUCGGAACUGACGCUGUUGAAGUACUCAAAUCCAUGAACAAAGAGUUAACAUUCGCGGAACUGUUAGUGAAUAAAUUUACUCAACUGAUAAGCAAUUUAACAAAUGAAAACCAACGUAACGAAGCGGAUCAAUUAGGCAUAUUUUGUCAGAAGAUAUACGCUACUGAAAGUUUCGAUCUUAGUGAAUUAACGUCAUGGCUAUCUCCGGAUCAGAAAAAUGAACUUAGCAACUUGAUUCAAGAUCAUGAUAUAAGUGAUGAUGCUGUUUACGCACGUAUUUUUGAAUUUUAUGAAAAAGCUGAACAUAAGAAGAAAAUGGAUGCAAAAAGAAUUAUCGAAUCCGGAUGUAAACAAUUUGUUCGCCGGAUGUUUGGCACUAAAAUUGCUGCUAAAUUGGAAGAACAUCGAUUGGACAGUAACUUUACAGCUCAAAUGCUUAGUGCUGAACUGGCAACAUAUGCUGCUGAAAUAAAGGAUAAGAAAAACCGAAUAAAAGCCGAAAAAUCCAUUCCAAUUUGCAAUUGGAUUUAUUUUGGCUAUAAAGGCGAUUGUUUUUGCAAUGGUCAUUCGUUCAUUUGUGGUCCGUUCACUCACGAAUGCCUGAAUUGCGCUGACAAUACAUUUGGAGUACAAUGCGAAAAAUGUUUAGAUGGAUUCGACGGGAGCGCUUUAAUGGACGGAAUAGGUUGUAUGCCAAUUGAGAAAAGCAACGAAUUCACCGAAUGUAUGUGCAACAAACAUUCCACAGAGUGCAAUGAAAAUGGCGAAUGUUUAUCCUGCUUGCAUAACACAACUGGAAGUCAAUGUGAGAAUUGCGCAGAAGGUUUUUAUGGUUAUGCAACACAAGGCACAGCAGAGGACUGUAUUCCAUGUCCAUGCCCAGAUGGCGGAGACUGCUUUAUAAAUGGCGAUGCACUGAUAGAAUGUCGCACUUGCUCCAAUGGAACGUAUGGUAGCAGGUGCGAAUUACAGUUACAACCAGAAACAGCAGCAGGAAUUCGUGAAAUUAUUAUGUAA